CCCGGCGGCAAGAUGGCGGCGCCCGGGCCCUGCCACGCAGACUUCCGUCCGGCGCCGAGGCCUUGGGCUGGCUGCGGGUCGCCUCGAAGGUGAAGUCGGGACGCGCGUGUACGGAGCUGCAGCCUGCGUGCGCUGGGGCAACAUGUCGGAAGGAAACGGCGCGGGCGAGCCUAGCGCUCCGGGAGGGCCCCGACCCCUCCUUUCUGGGGCCCGGGGACUUAUCGGGAGGAGGCCGGCGCCCCCCCUCACCCCGGGCCGCCUUCCCUCCAUCCGCUCCAGGGACCUCACCCUCGGAGGAGUCAAAAAGAAAACCUUCACCCCAAAUAUCAUCAGUCGGAAGAUCAAGGAAGAGCCCAAGGAAGAAGUAACUGUCAAGAAGGAGAAACGUGAAAGGGAUAGAGACCGACAGCGCGAGGGCCAUGGACGGGGCCGGGGGCGCCCAGAAGUGAUCCAGUCCCACUCUAUCUUUGAGCAGGGCCCAGCUGAAAUGAUGAAGAAAAAGGGGAACUGGGAUAAGACCGUGGAUAUGUCGGACAUGGGGCCCUCUCAUAUCAUCAACAUCAAAAAGGAGAAGAGGGAGACAGAUGAAGAAACAAAACAGAUCCUGCGCAUGCUGGAGAAGGAUGAUUUCAUCGAUGACCCUGGGCUGAGGAAUGACACUCGAAAUAUGCCUGUGCAGCUGCCACUGGCUCACUCGGGCUGGCUUUUUAAGGAAGAGAAUGAAGAACCAGAUGUUAAACCUUGGCUGGCUGGCCCUAAGGAAGAGGACAUGGAGGUGGAUGUGCCUGCUGUGAAAGUGAAAGAGGAGCCACGAGAUGAGGAGGAGGAGGCCAAGAUGAAGGCUCCUCCCAGAGCAGCCAGGAAGACCCCGGGCCUCCCGAAGGACGUAUCUGUGGCAGAGCUGCUCAGGGAGCUGAGCCUCACGCAGGAAGAAGAGCUGCUGUUCCUGCAGCUGCCAGACUCGCUCCCCGGCCAGCCUCCCACUCAGGACAUCAAGCCUAUCAAGACAGAGGUGCAGAGUGAGGACGGACAGAUGGUGAUGAUAAAGCAGGAGAAAGACCGGGAGGCCAGGCUGGCAGAGAAUGCUUGUACCCUGACUGACCUGACAGAGGGUCAGGUUGGCAAGCUGCUCAUCCGCAAGUCUGGGAAGGUGCAGCUCCUCCUGGGCAAGGUGACUCUGGACGUGACGAUGGGGACCACCUGUUCUUUCCUGCAGGAGCUGGUGUCCGUGGGCCUUGGAGACAGUAGGACGGGUGACAUGACAGUCCUGGGACACGUAAAGCACAAACUUGUAUGUUCUCCCAAUUUUGAAUCCCUGUUGGAUCACAAACACCGGUAAAGUGGCAGAUGGAGGGCGAUGGAGACUGUGCCCACGGCUGUUGCCUGCUCCAGACGUUUUGUUCUCAAAUCUGUUCGACCCAGAAGGGGCCUGUUUAGCCCACCCACUCCAGCCAUUGUCCCAGUUUUCCCCACGUGGCUCCUUCCUGCAGCAGCUGUGAAUGGCGCGAUGACCUUCCCACAGCACAGAAGCAGCACACUCUUGCUGCUGGGGGGCUUGUCCCUGCUGUUUAUUUUUAUAUUUAUGUCCUUGCUGUUCAACUGACUGCAUCCUCCCCAGGUGGAGAGGGUAGGUCUGGGAAAGGACAGGCUCCUUCUUGGUUCUCAGGGUGGGAAAUGUAAGGACAGCUGCUGCCACUUCUACUCCCUCCUUCCUCACACGAGGUGGUGCCGGAGAGAGAGCCGGGACUUCUCGAAUCUGAGACUCAACCCCAGCUCUGUCCACUACUAACUGUGUGAUUGGACAAACUACCUAACCUUUCUGAGCCUCGUACUCCUCAUCUGACAGACAUGAGGACGGUACCUACCUCACAGGGUUGGCGUGAGGAUGCAGUAGAAUAUUGCCGAUGAAAACUUGCACAAGGCCAGACAUACAGAGUAGGCACUCAAUAAAUGUUAGUUUAGUUUCCCUUCGACUGAAUCUGUUUUCAAACAAAAGAGAUUCUAAGAAUCUCAGAUAAAGUGAGUGGAGCUGCUUCCUCCCACAUUCUUACUCUGUAUCCCAUCCUCCCUGGCCUGAUGGUCUGAGGUUUGGGUUUGGUCCCUUCUAUGCCCUUUUCUCCUGAGCACUCUUAGGCAAGUGCUUCCUGUUCAUUGCUGUGAGGCCCUAGCUUUAGGUGCCAUCAGAAGUGACGAAGUCAGAGACUCACUCCUCCCGGUGCCCUACAGAUGCCUUGGGGUGACACGAUGGUCCCAGGUCUUAUCCCCCCCCCCACCCUCACCCCUGCGCUUAAGUAGCAGCUACUCUUCCAGCUCCACUUAAAUAUUUCUCAGAAGAAACCUGUGACCACUCCUAGAGAGUUAUCACCACACCAAGUCAAAUACUGCUGGAAAACAACCCUGGAUGAGAUAGGAAAUAGAGAUUUAUUGAAUAAUGGCCUCACUUUGAAUAUGAGAGCUCCCCCUCUAUGUCCUGUCCUGGCGUCAGCUUGGAUUCCACUCCCACUGGCUGCGCUGGCCUUGUUGCUCAUUGGUCUGCGGUCUCAUUGCUCUCAGCAGCUCCUCACACUCCUGACCCUUCCAGUGUGUGGUCCCCGAGGAGCAGCUUUUCUUUCCUCGUCCCUCGUCUGCAGGGCGGGGUGGGGGCGACACCUCGGAGGUUGGGGAGAGCCUCUUGCUGCGGUGUCUGUGGUCGUCAGACACCAGAGACGCAGCUCCCUUUCCUGUGAGCUUAGCAGAUCGCCUUUGGGACAGGUGUGAACCGCAUGGCUCCGUGAGAAAUGCCUCCUCUUGAUUUGGUGGCCCCAGAGGGUUUGCAGGGCUGUGCCUUCCUUUAGUCUCGCCUUAUUUCUCUUCCUUGAGCCCUUUUUUACUCAUCUCCACUGGAGCCUCUCCUCCACGGAGCCCCUCAGGCUCCCCAGCCAGCAGCUGGGGGUGGGCCUGACCACGCAGGCCCCACAUCUCCCCUUCUGUAGCUAAGAGCUCACAUGAGCUCUGUUGGAUGGUGCUGUUCUGGUCUCUAUUCUCACUGUGGAGGACAGGGGAGCAGAAAAGGUCUUGAGAUGUGUGCCAUGGACGUCCUGUUUGGUCUGAUGCUGAGCUUUGAUGAAUCAGCUCCUUUUUUUGUUUUCUGGGCUUCCGUGUUUGCUGCUUCUCCUUUUCCAUAGCUAGUGCCCUGCCAGUGAGUCUCCACUGUGAUCCUCUCUUUCACUUGCUUUCUUUGGUUCAAAAACACUCUUCUGUUUUCCAGGCUAACUCAGAGGCCCUGCCUCGUUAGGUGUUUGGUGUCUUGCAGUCUUUAGUUCUUUGACUCUCCCAUGGAAUCUUGAGGAAGAGCAUGUACCACUUUAACCUUCACCACUUCGCCAUUUCAAGUAUCUUGGGGAUUGACCGUUACGACCCUGCAUCAGAGUCCCCACAGCCUGUCUCUGCAUUUCUGAUACACAGAUUGGACGUCGUCAGUGGAAGUGUGGGCGAAAGACAAGGCAAGUCUACUUUCUUGGCCAACCCUCCAAAGCAUACAUUUCUACCAACAAAUAAAUGCAAAUAACAGGAGUAAAAAGCCCAAAGCCAAAUUCAUGUAUGAGUGCAAAUGGAUGCAAAUUUAUUACUACCUGCAUCUGUGUGUAUGCAUUUUGUUAAGACACCGAAAACGAACUAUACACUUGUCCGUUUCUUAACUCCAUGAUUAAGUGACAGAGUGUGGGCCUUAGAGUCAGGAUGGGGUUUGAAUGUUAAUUCCACCCGUAUAACUUUGGGGAAAAUCAGUUAUCUUCCCUAAGCUCAGUUUUAUUCAUCUUCUGUAAAAAUGAGAUAAUAGUAGCUUUUUAAUAGGGUUGCUUUUACAUUACAGCGGAUAUAAAGUAUAUCAUGUCAGACAGAAAAAUGCUUCUGUCAGGACGUGAGCAGCACAAAUAACAGAAAACUAGACUGACAUUGAUGUAAGCCGUAAGGAUGUUUAGUUGUGUCAUGUAACGGGCAGUCUGGAGAGAGAUGGUUCCAGAGUUGGGUGGCAGCCACAACAUCAGGAUUUUCUUGGAUGCAUUUGUUCUGCCCUCCUUGGUAUUACAAAGUGGCUAUAAAACACUGCCUCAUUUCUUCAAAUGACAGUGUCCAGAGCCAAAGCAGGAAGCAAAGUAGACAGCAGUAAAGGAACCUUCUCCUCAUCCCUCUCGGAUCAGGGAGGAGUAUCCUUCAGAGCCCGAAGAGACUUGCCCCUGUCUCUCUGAUAGAGCGGACCACACACCCAGCCUUGGAUGGGCACUGGCAGAGAGGGAUGGGUGGACCAGUUUGCCCCCUGGCAUUGAUGUCUUGUUGCCUGUGAGACAGGGUUUUGUUAGCAGGGAAGAAACAGGAACGGCAGUUAGGUUGAGACAGUCCAUGAUUAAAAAAUACAGUCUGUUGUAGUAAACCCAAACUAUAUCUAGGUAGAGUUUUUUGAUGUUCGAUUACCUUUUAUUCCAAAUAAUCCAGUUUUAACAUUUUAGUGCAUUCUUUCAGACUACAAAAUUGUAUGUUAUAUGUAAUAAUAUAAACGUGCUGUUUUAUCACGUUUCAUCUCACUCAUAAAUACAGUACCUCCAUGUUAAUAAUAAGCAUCUUGUGCUUCAGAUACUUCUGAUCUAGCUGAAAAUACCAGAGACAGCGCCCUUUAAUCCUCCCAGACUUACCCAUGUGAUCCAAUUGAUCACUCACACUUGGCUAUUUAAAGGAAAAGAGGUUUUAUUUCUUAGGUAUAGUCAGAGUGAAAAAAGUGACAUCCAUCACUUAUUCAUCCGACCCCCAUCCACGUGCAGGAUACUUACACAGUUGGGGCAUGCCCCUCUUAAGAUAGCUACAGCUGUGGUGACAGAUGCAGUGUUGACAACUGCUCUUGGACUGGUUCAGCUGCCAGAGUUCUACUGAUGGGGGGGUCAGGACUGAAGUGAGGUUAGGUCUCAAAGGGCCUCAUGUGAAAAAAUAAGAGAUAGAAUGCCAACUCUAGGAACCCCUCUGUGUGGCAAACUUCUGACUCAGCUCUUCAGAAGCAUUUCUUCUGUCCCCUUCCAUUGGAGCAGUCACUGAUCCAGCUCCCUGAAAGCUGAGGCAGAGGUUGGAUUUCCUUCUAUUUGUCUUAUUUACAUUUAAGACCCAGUCAGUCGGGAAAAAUGCAGUCUUGAUCAUCAUUGGCCCAAUGAUCUUAUCUUGUGUACCUUUCAGGAUUUAGUGGAGAAAUAGAAACCAUUCUAGGUACUCUAAGCAGAAAAGUUUAAUAUGGAAAAAUGAGUAUUUUUAGACUCAUCAGAAAGCUGGAGGAGUGGAGCCAUAAGGUGAGCCUCCAGGAAUCAGAACCCUAGAGAACUGAUCCACCAUGAGAGCUAACAACCUCUGCUAGAAUCAGGAAGGCGGAGGACCAGGAUAGAGCUGUGAGUUUCAGAACACGCUGCAUGGCUGCAAUCCAGGGAUCAGGAAAUGACCCCAGUCUCAGCUGCCUGGAGAACCACAGAGCUAAAGGUCGCACCCUGGAACACCUGAAGAGAACCGCCCAGGUACUCAGUGCCCUCUGUGCUAGAUACAGUUCUAGCUUAGUAUUCAUCAGUGACAAAACAGAAAGGUCUCUGUCCUGGUGGAACUUGCAUUCUAGUGAGGGAGAUAGACAAUAAGCAUAAGUAAGUUACAUAGUAUUUAGAAGGUGAUGAGUGCUUGGAAAUUUUUUUUUUAAGGAUAAGGGGAGUCUAUGGGUGGUAGUGUCACAGUUAGUAGGGUAGGCCUCGUUGAGAAAAAUAUUUGAAGUGAACCAGCAGGAUCAGUAGGUGGUGGGGAUGGCUGGGAGCUGAGGAGGGACAGUAUCAGGCGUGGGGAGGGCAGCCCCGGUCCUACAGGGCUUUGAGGCCAUUGUAAGGACUUUGGCUGUAUUCUAAGGAAAUGGUUAGCUGUCGCAAGUGUCUCUUAGGUUUCAAAAGGCUCGUGUUAGCUGCUGGGUUGAGGCAAGGGUGGAAGCAGAGGCACCAAUUUGGAGGCUGCUACGUUAACCCAGGCAACAGAUGGCAGUGGCUUGGCCCAGGGUUAACAGUGGAGAUGUUGGAACGUGGUUGGAUGCUAGAUACUAUUCCAAAGGUGGAGCCACCUCGACCUGCUGAUAGAGUAGGUGUGGGGUGUGAGAGAGAAGAAUCAAACAGCCAAAGCAGUAGGAAGGUGGCCUGUACUUCCACCUUUCAAAUCCCGAUUGGUAGAACCUAAGUCGCACCCAGAACCCUAGCACAAGAGAUUUUAGGAAAUGUAGCAUCCCUUUUCUAGCCCCAGUAAUCCAGGCUGGCACUCUAUAGUGGUGGUUGAUGUGUGCUGGUCUACCAUAUUCACCAGAGUUGGCUUAAUGAUCCUGAAUUUAAAGGUGAAGCUUUCUGUGAUCAUGUCAUACUGCCAAUACAAAGUUCUCUCUGAUUCAUUCCCUCAAAACGGUAUAUUCCAAAUGAAAACACCAUACCUAAGACUUGACUAUACGCAGUUUGACUCUCACACAUUUCCCCAGGGCAAGAUAAUACAGGAAUCCUUUUGGAAACAGCUCUUACACUGUAUAACAUAAUGUUAAUGGCUACGUUAGAAUGCAUCUUUGGACUAUCAAAAUUCAUCCAAAUAUUCCCUGAUUUCUGGACAAUUUUAGUUUUUCCAAUUUUCCACUAUUUUUAAAAAAAAUGAUGUGAUAAACAAUUUUGUAGUUAAAUUGUUGCUGAUAUCAUUAUUUUCUUAGGAUUUUUAAUUAAAAGUGGCUUUUUUGACAUUAGAAGUGUCAAAUUCUAUGCCAUCUUUAAGGCUUUUGGUAGAUAGCACCCUCCAGAAUGCUUGCACCUGUCUACAUGCCCAUCAACAGUGUGCAAGAGUUGCUUGCGUAUUUGUAAAAAUUAAACGUAUAAUCAAGAUUCUGUUUUCAAACUAUAUAAACGUAAGAAGAUGCUGAGUAGAAACCUGACCUGUACUUAACUGACCCUCAAGGUAGAAAACUAAUGUUUUCUCUCUUACCUCCGUCAGAUGUGAAAGGGGUUGAUGUGUGAAGAACACACUGCUCCCACGGUUGGAUUAUAUGCUUUCCAAAAGUCAGUUGUAUUUUUCCCAAGCUUUUUUUUUUUUGCCAGUUGUGUUCACUGUUGUAAUUACAUAAUUCAAUUAAACAUGAUAUAAACUAAUAAAAUAUGAAGGUUAGAAGGAAGUAUUUCUGAUGAAAAUAAAGAACAUAAUUUAAUUGAGUAUAAACUGAUGAAAUGUAAGUGCUAAAAGAAAGUUCUUAUUUCUGUGGAAACUAAGGUAAAUGCUUUGGAAAGACAAUUAACGUGAGUCACUAAAUACUCCCAUUGAAUUCAGUUUAGGCAAGGUAAAUGUAAAGGUAGGGGAGGAGUCGUAUCAUCUAGAGUAACUCUGCAUUCACAUUUCUGCACAAGUGCUCUCGUGCUUUGACCUCACAUUCUGCUUUUGGAGAAAUCACAGCUGUGGUCUUAGCAGUGCAUUGGGGGUGUGUGUAGUUUUCAUGGAAUGCUAAUCAGUGGACCCAUACUCUAAGGGAGGACUUGUCCAUACACCAAAAGGGAAGAAUGUCCAUUUAUGAAUGUUAAGUUAAAAUAUUUAAAAUAGAUGCAUUUCCUGUAUUAAAAGUUUCUCCCCAAAUAUCAGUUAAGAUUAGGUUCAGCUGAGAGAAAUAGAGCCCCAAAAUAACAGUGGUUUAACCAAAUAGAAUUUUGCUCUCGUAAAAAUCUAAAGAUGCACAGUCUGAGCUGGUAUGGCGGUUCUGCUCCAUGGAGCCCCAGGGGUCUUCGGCUCCUUCCAGCUUACCUUCCCGUGGUGUCUAGGGUGUGGCUUUUAUCCUCAACUUUUAAAUUGAAACCAGAGCUCUGUUCAUUGCAUCCCCACCCCAGGCAGCCAGAUGAAUGAAAGGUUUACAUACUUCCCCAUCCCCCCACCCCUUGCCAAAUGACAGGGCAUGUAUUCAGUAUUAUAUCGUCUUUAAAGAAGGCGCCUAAGAGCUGUGCCAUAACGUUUAUGGUUACAGUUGACCCUUGAACAACACAGGUUUGAACUGUAUGGAUUCGCUUAUACUCGGAUAGGGAGGGGACUUAAACUGAUAGUAAGGGACUUGAGCAUCCAUGGAGUUAGAUGUCAGCAGGGGGUCCGGGAACCAAUCCCCUGAGGAUAUGGAGGGGUGACUGAUCACAGUGUUGUCCAGAGAGUAGUCACAUACUCACCCUUGGCCUCCAAGGAGGCUGUGAAAUGUGGUCUUUAUCUGGAAUGAGCAUGUACCCUCCUAAAAAUCAAGAUUCAUUAUCAUGGAAGAAGGAAACAGUGGAUACUGAGAAAUAACCAGCAGGCUCUGUUACAUCUCUUUCACUUUAAGAAUAACUGAACAGGACUUCCCUGGUGGUGCAGUGGUUAAGAAUCCACCUGCCAGUGCAUGGAACACGAGUUCAAUCCCUGGUCUGGGAAGAUUCCCCAUGCUACAGAGCAACUAAGCCUGUGCGCCACAACUACUGAGCCUGUACACCUAGAGCGUGUGCUCCGCAACAAGAGAAGCCACUGCAGUGAGAAGCUGCACACCACAACGAAGAGUAGCCCCUGCUCACCACAACUAGAGAAGACCCACGCCCAGCAACAAAGACCCAAUGCAGCCAAAAAUAAAUUUAUUUAAAGAAAAAAAGAAUAACUGAACAUCUACUGGUCCCAAUCAUGACAGAGAAGUGUUUCCAAUUUACAUCACUUGUGUAAGCAAACCCUCAACUGCCAGUACAGAUAUUGUGUGCUGUUAUAACCACUUCCUUGCAUACACUCUUAGUGCCCUUGCCCCUCUCUCCUGUUUUACUCAUAGGACAAUAGCCCGCUUCUGGGUAAAUAUACAUCUCUGCCUACUCUGAUCUCUCCUGAAAGCUUAACCCUGGCUGGAGAAGCACCGGACACCAAACUGAAUCAUCUCACUUUAAGACCAAUAAUCUAGUACAUUGUCUUUGUCCAUUUACUCCUCCCACUUCCCAGAGAGUACUCUGUUGUCAAACCUCCAACACCUUUCCUCACUCUCAUCCAGUUACCCAGCUUCUUAUCGCAUAAAGAAAAUGGAAGCAGUCGGAGAGAACACUACGUGUUCCCACUACUGCAUCUGUCAGUCUCUUUGCAGCUGUGUCCAGGUGCAGAGUCUUGCCUCCUGUUACUAUGGAUGAACUGUCUGCCCUCCUCCCAGAGAUCAGACCCUUCACAGGAGCCCUAGAUUCCAUCCCUCUUACUUAAAGGUUAUUGUUCCAACAACCCCUACACACACAUAUCUGCUUCCAUCUGUUAGGUCAGUCUCACACGAUCCAAAUAGGCUCUUAGGGAUCCAUCUUGAAAACAAAUCUUCCUUCCAGGUUGCAUUCAUUUCCAACUAUCAGCUCUUUUCUCUGCUUCCCUUUGCAGCAAAGCUUCUUGAAAGAGUUGUGUUUGUUUAUCUCCGCUUUCUCUCAUCCGUUCUCUCUUGAACCCAGUCCAAUCUGCCCUCACUACUCCUCCCAACAGUUCUCAAGUUCACCAGUGCUGAACUCAGUAGUAAACUUGCCAUCCUUAUUUUACUGAAUCUGUUAUCACAUUUGACACAGUUGAUCACUCCUCCCUUCCUUAAAAAACUUUCCUUCCUUGGCUUCAGGGACACUAUCCUAACUGUUCUUGCCUCGCUGGAUGUGCUCCCCAUCUCCUUUCCUGGUACCUCCGCAUCCAGCCUUAGAGCAUUUCUCUUGCCGGUCCACUCAUUUCCUCAGCCAUCUCACCUAGAAUCACGACUCUGAAGUCUCCAUGCCUAUGACUCCCAAUUUAUUAUCUGCAGCUGGGACCUCUCUCCAGUCUCCCAACCUUAUAUCCAACUGCCACUCCUUCAUCUCUUCUUGUAUGUCUAGUAGGCAGUUCACCCCAACUACCAAUUUUGGGAAGUACAGGGACCAAGAAACAUAACCCAUGAGAGUUCCAUCAGCAAAACCUUGAGUGUAUGGGAAAAAUGACUCAGGUUCUUCAACAAAUUGUAAGGGAAAAAAAGAAGAAUGAAGGAGGAACCUACAGAUAAAUAGAGAUUUAGAAGAUAAUGUCAGUUGCAAUGUAUGUCUUAUUUGUAUUAUUUUUAUUUUUAUCUUUUUAUAUUUAUUUGAUCGAAGCAUAGUUGAUUUACAAUGUUGCGUUAGUUUCUAAUAUGUAGUAAAAUGAUUCAGUGUUAUAUAUAUGUAUGUAUAUAUAUACACACACAUUCUUUUUCAUAUUCUUUCCCAUUAUGGUCUAUUACAGAAUAUUGAACAUAGUUCCCUGUGCUAUAUAGUAGGGCCUUGUUGUUUAUCCAUUCUAUAUAUAAUAGUUUGCAUCUGUUAAUCCCAAACUCCUAAUUCAUCCCUCUCCCAGCCCCAUCCCUUGGCAACCACAAGUCUGUUCUCUAUGUCUUUGAGUCUGUUUCUGUUUCAUAGAUAAGUUCAUUUGUGUCAUAUUUUAGAUUCCACAUGUAAGUGAUAUCAUAUGGUAUUUCUUUUUUUGUCUUACUUCACUUAGUAUGAUAAUCUCUAGGUCCAUCCAUGUUGCUGCAAAUGGCAUUAUUUGUAUGAACCUUACUUGAAUAGCAAUUCUGAGAACUGCAAAGAAUCUCAGCAUGAAGACUCCAUUCAGCCCCCUGCACUGGGAAUUCCCUAGUGGUCCAGUGGUUAGGACACUGUGCUUACAUUGCAGGGGGCAUGGGUUUGAAGCUGUGUGGGGCAACCAAACCAAACCAAACAAACAAAAACCCCUGCAGUAAGAGUCUUGACCAAACUUUAACAUGGUCCUAGCAGCUUAAGGCCUUGACUCUGGGACCACCCAGGCCCUUUUGAGUUCUGUUUGGAAAAGCUCAGAGCUAUCAAAAAAACUUGUUGUGUCAAAAAAAUUUGCUGGUUGUUUUGGCUAACACCUGACAUUUAGUCCCCUGACCUCCCUUUAUGAGAGCAUUUACUCAAUAAAGGCUUGUAAUUGUGAAUCCUUCCUCUGUCCCUUUGAGAUAAUAUAUGUCUUCUACAACUGCGGAGUGCUUUGUCUCAAGGACCUGAAAGCCAUGAGAUGUAAUUAUCUCAUGGAAGGAGAGGGCUUCUGUCGCCCAGUCUCUGGGAGAAUAGAAUCCUAACUUCCAUAAUACACAGCAGACACUGCUGACCUAAUCACAUUUACAGCGACCAACGCUUUGUAAUUUUUCACCCGAGUCCCUGUCCCCGUUCUCCCUUUACAAUGCUUCUUUGCAAGUCAGGAUGGAGCUCAGCUUUUUUGCCAACUGUCAGUAGUUACUGAAUAAAAUCUCUUUUCACCAUAUAAACUAAUAGCUGGCUUUGUUUACCUUUGAAAUUUUUAACACAUUUAAAAAAAAAAACCAUGAGGCAAUCAGGAAUGUUGGUAUAUUGACUAGAUAUUUGGUGAUAUUAUUAUUGUUCAUUUUUUUGGUAUGAUAAUGGUAUUGUGGUUAUAUUUUCAAAAUAAUCAUUUGAAAAAAUCUAUUCUGAAUGUUAUCACUUCUUACUACUUCCAGGAUUAUUACUCUUGACCAAACUAACAUCCUCUCUUAUGGAAUUUUUUACAGUUGCCUCUUAAAUGAUCUGCCUGCUUCUAUACCCUCAUGCCUACACCCCGCCCCCUCACACCACCAGUGCAUUCUCAGCACACCAGCCAGAGACAUCCUGGUAAAAUAUGCCAUAUUGUGCCACUUCCCAUCUCAUUCAGAGUAAAAGCCAAGUCUGUUCAAAUUAUAAAAGCUCAUGGGAUCCUCCUAUGAUCCCUGUGACCGCAUGUCCAGCUCUCCUGGGUCAUUCCACUCCAGCCAUUUCUUACAUAACAGAGAAGGCAGGCUCCAGCUUCAGGGGUUUUGCAUUAUCUUCCCUCUGCCUAGAACCCACCUUCCCAGAGACCUUCAUGUCUUGUUUCCUCAUUCCCUUCAGGUCUCUGAAAUUCUCCCUGACCAUCCUGCAUAAAUUAGGAAAGUUCCAUUCCUGACACUCCUUUUGCCUCUUUCCUUGCUCUUUUUUUCCAUAGCAUUUAUCACCAUCUGACAUGUUAUCUAUUUCCUUUUUUUGUCUGAUAUUCCCACUGGAACAUAAGCUAUGAGAGACUGUUUUGUUCAUGACUGCAUCUCCAGAACUUAAAAUAGUGCCUUGUACAUAAUAAACAACAAAUACAUGUUAGUUGAAAGAAUGAAGGAAUGACUCCUAUUGUGUGAAGGCUGUGCGUGCUAAAGCAUUGAUAACCGCAUUUCUGAGCAAGUGCAAAAAAAGACUUUUGAAGUCUCCUAGGUUUCCUCCCAAGGGAAGAAUUAUCUUCACUUUUCCAGGGAGAAGAAAGGAGCUGGCCAACCUUGUGGGCAGGACUUUGGGCCAAUUCAAUGGAGUGUCCUCCUGUCUUCUGCUCCUGAUUGUAAUUGGCAUUGGUGUUUUCCAUGAACUUCCUGCAAAUGCUCAUAAACACGAGAAGGGGUGAUACCUGUGGGGAGCUGCUGCCUGUAGAGAGGUGCUAGUAUUUUUGGAACCCCACCACCCUAUGAUCCCUUUGAGCUAAAAAUCUUUCUGAUUGAUCCUUUUUCUGAUCAGAACAUUUGGGAGGCAGAGGGAGGCAGCCUCUACCAGGAGGCAUCCACUGAUGAGAUUUUUUUCCCCCCUAAUGAUGCUAAGAGGUAUGCUUCUUUUGAAAAGCAUCUCUUACCUUAUUCUUGGGUUCUUGUCAAAACUGAACACCCGAGAGUUUUAAAACAAACACCCACAGGGGCCUUGUGACUGAUAUUUUGAGGGGUAGGUUAACUCGGACUCAGUAACCAGCAAUGUGGGGAGGUCCCAACAAGUCUCUCUUGUCAGAUAGGGAUGGUAUAUCUAGGUCUCCAGCUGGCCUGGCCCCAGUGGCGUUUUCAGCUUUACAUGACAAACAGGCAGCCGUCUCUUUGGGGGCAAUGUUAUUCUCCACUCUUCAGGCUGAAGCAAAGCCCCUUGCUUGGUGGGGCUCUCAUUCCACUGUGGUUCUUCUAAAUGCCUGGGUCUGGUUCGCUGGUGGUUUGGCUAAGCUGAAACCCAUGGCGUCCUCUGGGCGGGUACCGUGCUGUGGCUGUUCAGCAUCUCCUCCAGCUCCAUGGAACAGAAGACAGAUGUUGUCGCUCUGCUCGGUAGGCAGAGCUCGAAGCUGUCCUCGCAGCUCCAGCCUGUACUCCUUGGUGAAGCUUGUUAUAUUUUUGCUGAGUCUUGUUUGCACUGUUGACAAUGGCCUAGCUGUUUGGUCUGCCACUUGGAGAACUACAGACUGGCAGAUUAAAGACUUCCCUCUUUGGGGCCACCAACCAUGGAAAAAAAUUGUGGCUGCUAAUGGAACCAUCCGGGUUACUCCUAUAGGUGCCCAUGGUGCAGGCCCAUUCUCUGAUGAGACCGACUGGAAUUAAGCUGUGGAUUGAGCCUGCACUGCCCAGACAGCCACCCUUGCUGCCUGGACCAGACAUGGAACAUACUCAGCACCAUAGACUGGGCACCGGGUAAAGGACUGUAUGUUUCAGAUGCCCCAGCUCCUACUGCAUGCUGGGCCUGCACCUCCUAAUAAAAGUUGAACUGUUAGUCUCGGUGAGGGAGGCCCAUUGCAUGGGGCAAAGCCAUCGAACCUAUGCCCCACUCCUGGGGUUCACCACUGUCGACAGUUUUUCAGGUUGCAGUGUUGCUGUCUCAGUCCAAUCCGCUGACUGGCUCUGCUCUGGCCAGAGCCAGACCGUUGUGGCCCUUGAAACUAAUCUUUGCUGUAUUUCUGGCUUUCCAGACAGUUGCAGUCUGAUGAUGAUGCAUCUUUGAUCACAAUGGGCUUUCAAGGCACUCAGGUAUUUGAUGGACUUUCUGCACAGGCCACCAUGCACAGGCCACCAUUCACAGGCACCUGGGCUUGUUAAGCAUUGGAAGAGCCGCUUAAAAAAUCAACUCAAAGGGAUUUCUGUCCCUCCUCCUGAUCUGUGUGCGUUAACAAGGCAGUGUGGUCACUAACUACGACUCUUCUUAGAAAUUGAUCUUUUCUUCUUGGCCACUUCCUGGGUACUAAUCAGGAUGAAAAGGUGGAGUGUUACGCAGACCUGUUUUGAGAAUUUGGGAUUCCCUUUUAGGUCCAAUGUUUCUUUCUUUCUCCUAAUGGCAACCCCAGCAGGCCUGAUUGCUUCACCCUCUAGUGCCUGCCCAGCGAAAAGAAAGACCUAGGGAAUUCAAACUUAAAGCUAAGUUUUUUAAAAAAAUAUUAACUCUUUGUGCAACUUGUGGAUUGCACAUUCACACUACUGAGGAAUAUCACGUGUGACAGUUUGAUAUUGAAGUUUUCCCCAAGAAUUUUGUCCCUGAAACUGAAUGAUAAUUCUGUAUUAGACUCAUAGUUCCCAAACUGUGUCCUGAGGCACCCUGGGGUGCCUUGGCAGCAAGCCCAUGGAGCACCAUGGAAUAUAGUUGGCCUUUGAACAAAUGGGCUUGACCCAGAUGGGUCCAUGUGUAUGUGGGUUUUUUUCCAACAGUAAAUACUACAGUACUACACAAUCUGUGGUUGGUUGAAUCUGUGGUUGUGGAACCUCAGAUACAGAUGAACCACAUAUAGAGGAGGCUGACUGUGAAUUACACGCAGAUUUUUGACUGUGCAGAGGGUUGGUGCCCAUAACCCCACACGUUGUUCAAGGGUCCACUGUAUUUUAAAUGUGCAAGGGAAACACAGUGAUACUCAACAUCUGUAGGAAAUUGUGCAAAGUACUAGUACAAAGUAGAUUAUGAUUGCAACAUUACAUUGUUUUCCUUUUGAUAAUGUCAUAUCUUUGCAAAGUUGGGUUUUCUACAGUUGCUGUGAUAAAAAAAGCAAAUACUGCACGAAUAUCAGUGUGGUACAGGAAAUGAGUACGGUAAUGCCCAAUCUGAUUCCAAGGUUUGAGAAGUUGUACAGCACCCAGCACAACCCAGGGAAGUAAAUAUGAUUACAGUAGUUUCUCUUAUCCUUGGGGGGAUAUGUUCCAAGUGGAUGCCGGAAAUCUAAGAUCGUACUGAACUCUGUGUAUACAAUGGUUUUUUUCCUAUACUAACAGGCAGGUAGGGUAUACAGCAUGGAUACGCUGGACAAAGGGAUGAUUCACAUCCUGGGUGGGUCAGAGCAGGGUGGUGUGAGAUUUCAUGACACUGCUCAUUUAAUGGUGCACAGUUUAAAACUUAUGAAUUGUUUAUUUCUGGAAUUCUCUGUUUAAGAUUUUCAGCCAGCAGUUGCCAGAGGGUAACUGAAACUGUAGAAAGUGAAACUGUGGGUAAGGUGAGACUACUGUUCUUUAACAUAGAGUAAAAGUUUAUAUUUUUCUUUCAAUGUAUAUGUAUUUUUUUCAGUUGGCUUCAAAACUGUGACAACACAAGUAUGUAUUAAGAUAAUUGGAUCUGACAACUUAAUAAAUGGAAUUUUUAGA